AUGAACAUAGCUAAAUUGUACGAAAUGCAGAAGACGCUUGAUGCACGAAUUAUUGAGGAAAAGAACCUGCAAGGUCAAGACUUGCUCCCGAACACGAUCCUUGCGCUUCAGGUGGAGCUGGGCGAAAUGUCUAAUGAAUGGCGCGGGUUUAAACAUUGGAGUGAUAAGAGAGAGCCAAAGCAUGGCUAUAAAGCAAAGAUUAAUUGCACUUCCUGCGGGGGCCGGGGACAUUGGUAUACCGGAAACAAAGUAGACUGCAACAAAUGUGAGACCACCGGGACUAUCACUAACCCCUUCCUUGAGGAAUACGUCGAUUGCUUUCACUUCUUCCUAAGUAUCGCCCGGCAGCUCGGCCUGGACGAAAAGGACCUAACAAUCAUUGAUGACUAUCUGGAGGGCAGUACAACCAAUGUGCUCACACGAUUGAUUUAUCACGCUGGUGGAAUUGGCAUGAAUUACAGCCCAUAUUCAGGCAUUACAUCGUACCGGAUGGCGUUCAAUAUGUUCUUUGCUCUCGGACGGCAAAGAUUCGGAUUCACGCUCGAACAGAUCGAGGCGGCUUAUCUGGAAAAGAACAAAGUCAACCACGAGCGCCAGGCGAACGGAUAU